GUGGUAGGAAUCCUCAAAGGAUACGAUCAACUACUGAAUCUCGUCUUGGACGAAGUCGAAGAACAGAUCAACGAACCAGAGCCCCACUCCCGCUCACUAGGCCUCGCCGUCCUCCGAGGACCCACCAUCACCCUAGUAAGCCCCGUCGACGGCCUAGAAGAGAUCGCCAAUCCGUUUGUGGCGCAAGAGUAG